AUGCGAGGCGCUGGGCAACCGGGAGGAUCGCUCCUCGAUGACUCGGGCACCGGGCGGCAGCACUCCAAGCUGACGGUGGAAAUCCUCGAGAGAGCUCUAGGCGAGCCUGUCAUGACGGCCGUAGUCGCCACCAAGGAAGCCGAGGCACGGGUAACGGCGAAGUCGGAGCUUCGCCCGCCGUACGACCUCAACAGGAUGACCGAUACCCUUCGCGAGCUUGUCGGCAUCGAAACUUCUAGCGGACGGCUACAGGUGGUUGUGUCCGGGCCAGCGGGCUUCGUGUUCCACGUGGAAGGCCUCCUGGCGGAUCUGCACAUCCCUCCGGAGGCGGUGGUGACCCUCGACUAA